AUGAACCAAAAGUAUCUAUUCAAACCUGCCACAAUUCUUAUUUUGUUCCUUCUGUCCUUCGCAUGGUAUCAUUCACAAACCACACUAAGGUUCUCAAAGCCACAGGAACAGUUGACUACACAAAACAUGACAACAGUGAGAGCGACAACUUACCCAGCAAAAGAAGAGAAGGAGACUCUUGUUCUGAUUUGGAAAUGGCCUUGGGGGGGUGUGGCUCCAUUAGACAGAUGCUACAAAGACUAUGGCAUCAGCGGGUGCAAGCUGUCAGCAGAUAGGAGUCUAUAUAGUGUGGCCGAUGCUGUCAUCUUACAUCAUUGGGACAUUAUGUAUGACAAAAAGUCACUGCCGCAACAGCCAAGACCUCAUUUCCAACUUUGGGUGUGGUACAAUUUGGAGCCCCCACUGACCAUUAAAAACUUGGACAUGCUGGAUAAUUUGUUCAACUUGACUAUGACAUUCCGUCAGGACUCAGAUAUAUUCUUCCCAUAUGGUGGCAUUGAGACAUUAAAGGAGCAUCAAAGCUUCACAAUUCCUACUAAAUCCAAACUAGUGUCCUGGGUAGUUAGCAAAUGGUACCCUGGAAUCCGUCGCAUCGGUUAUUAUGAGGAGCUAAAGAAAUACAUUCCCAUUGAUGUUUACGGGGCCAACCACAUGAAACUGAGGCGGGAAGAUGCUCAUUCAACUAUAUCUAAGUGCAAAUUCUAUUUGGCCUUUGAGAAUUCGAUAUACAAGGAUUACAUAACUGAGAAACUAUGGAAAAAUGCAUUUGGAUCAUGGGCAGUACCAGUGGUGUUGGGGACAUCUCGCAAGAACUAUGAGCAUUUUGUCCCUGGAGAUGCUUUUAUUCAUGUUGAUGAUUUCUCAAGUGCCAAGGAGCUGGCAGAUUACCUUCUCAUGCUGGACAAGGAUGAUGAGAAAUACAGGAGGUAUUUCAACUGGAGAUCUCAAUACCGUGCAAGAUCAGGGAGAGGGCCUUCAUAUCCUUUCUGCAAAACUUGUGAGGUAGUAAGGCAAAAUUCAAUGUAUCAAGUUAUUCAAAGUGUGGCCAAGUGGUUUCUGGAAGAUGUCUAG